AUGCAACAUAUACUAUAUAUGCAACUACACAAAUUUCAACAACGCAAAAUUCUAUUUUAAGUGAACAUCAUCAAUCAUCAUCUCGACAUUACAAAAAAAAUAGCAACAGAGCUGUGUUAAACACGAAAGACAGCUGGAAUCAAGAAAAAGUAAAUAUCAUUUGCCAUCGUUGCAAUGAAUAUUUUUUAUCUGGAAAUGAUUUACAAAAACAUUUACGAGCAGAAUGUUAUUCCGAACAGAUUCGAAAACAAAUACUCGAAUCAACUAAACAUAGAAAAUCGAAAACAUCAAUUAACAAUUCAAGAUAUAUUGUGGAGAAAUAAAAUAAUAUUUGACCCUACACCAUCGAUUAUUAAUAUUCCUUCGUAAUCAGCAAUUAAAACUGGUGAUCAUCCACCUAUUUAUUCGAAAGAAUACCUCGCUUCGUCUAAAGAUCAAGAAAGUCAAAUUUCAAGAAACACAAAAGUUAUUAGAACGUGGUCAAAUUGAAGAGUCAACUUCUGUGUGGUCAUCGCCUAUUGUUCUUGUUAAGAAGAAAGACAAAACCAUGCGAUUUUGUAUUGAUUAUAGACGUUUAAAUGCUAUUUCGAUUAAAGAUGCAUUUCCACUUCCUCGAAUCGAUGAAAUUUUUGAUCAAUUAUCCGAUAGAAUGUAUUAUACAAAAUUCUGUUUUAAAUCUGGUUAUUUCCAUGUACCUCUAUCUAAAGAGAACUGUCCUAAAACUGCAUUUUCAACUCGUGACAAUCAUUAUCAAUUUACUUUUUUUUCUAUUAGGCUUGAGAAUGUUGCACUUGGAAGUGCUUACAUGUUAAAAGAUGAUUUUUUAGGCUAA